ACUUGUUUAUAUCUAUAGACAAUGACUGACUGUGCGGUAUCGGAUUUAAAUCAUGUAAAUAGUUUGUGUUAAUAUUCAAUUUUGUAACUUGAACGAUUAAAGACUUUGAAAAUUGAGUCAUAUUUUAAUUAUCGAAGUGCAAAUUCUACUAGACACGGUCAUUUACAGUUGCAUUUAUCGCGUCGCCGACCGCUUUCCACCAGCCCGCCAUCGCCAGCCCGGCCAGUGCGAGAGCCGCCCGCGCGCGCCAUGCACGCGUUCGUGCCCGUCUCGCCGCGCACGCACACGCACUUCAUCGAAAUCGUCGAGCCCCAACCCGACCAGUGCUCCGGACCCCUCCCCCCCGAAGGCAACGUGAAAUUACAAAACUACAGACUCCUCAACGAAAACCUCCGAGCCUACACCCCCACGGGAGACAUCCACACUUCCCCUCAAAAGGGAAAACUCGUGUCAAGGUUCGAUAUUUGCGCCACGAUAUCACCACCGCGCGCCAAAAUCCUCGAACUCCUUAGACCCGAGGACCCGGGGCGAGAUGCUCUGGAGGCCAUCAUCAAGCCGGCGCCUCGCAGAGGUCUCACGAGACCCCUCGACGAAGACACCCGGCGGUUUCUCCAAAGAGCUCUUCUCUCUCCCAGUCCGCAGAAUCUCUCAAUGAAUCCGACUCCCGAACCUCACGCGGAAACUAUAAACAGACACAGUGAUGAAGAAUUUGAAGUGAAAAAGACUGAAGAAAGUGCUAGUGUAGUGAAUCAAAAUUGUAGUGCGGAGAGAUCUUUAGCUGACGAGUUGAGAGAAGCAGAGGAAGACGAGCGAACGGGUAGGAAUAUUAGGAAAGAAUUGCUUCGAGAGUUUUGGAAAAGAGGGGGAGGAGUAAAGGAAGCCUUCGAGCGGGAACGGAUGGGGAAACUGGCGUUGUCUGUGGAAGAGGACGAGGAAUACCAGGACACUGGGCUGUCGGCAGCUGCGAGGAGACUGGACGCGCUUCUGGCGGAGUCGCGGGACCUGCACGAAGAGCUGGCGGGGAUCCAGGAGGACAUCCAGGCGCAAUCAGCAAGGGCCUGCCGCUGCGCCGCCGCAGCCCGGGCGCUGACGGACGAGUCGCGGGCGCUCCGCUACCUGGACGACGUCGUGGCGCUUCUCAAGGGAGACGUCAAGGCAGCCCUACGGACCAGGGCGUGGCCCUUCGCGAUCGGACGCCGCGAGCCCGGACGGAACUACGUUAUAUGAUCUCAGAGAGCCGAUAGCAAGAACUCGAGACCAAACUAUGAUUCUAUCUCACUCACUAGUCUUAUUAUAAUGUUUCCAGAUAAGAACAAUGUAAAUCCUACAAAUAUUAUAAAUGCGAAAGAUUGUUAGGCUGUAUGUGUAUAUGUUUGUCACUCUUUCACGCGAAAACUACUUGACGGAUUGUUAUGAAAUUUGGUACAUGGGUAGAAUAUAACCUGGAAUAAAACAUAGGGUACUUUUUAUUCAGAUCUUCCCAUGGGAGCGAAGCCCCAUGGUGCAACUAAAAGUUUAUAAUUUUCAAGGGCAAUUUGACCAUAUCGGUCUAAACGGGUGUUCAUAUUGUGAAUUUUUGGGUAUUAUUAAAUUGGGUCCUAUGGAUAUGGCAAAGAAAAAUGUAACAUAUCUAUUAAUAUCAGACAGGGAGUAGUGGAGGAGCUGACAUGCUGUAUCGACAACACAUAAACCGGGAUAACGGUAGGCAAAUCAAUUUAUCAAAUCAAUCAAAUUCAGAUCAUCAUCAGAUGAUGAAUAAAUUGAUUUGACUCGAAAUACUAACAGACGGAUUUUUUAUCUUCACCAAUAGAUCGUGUGAUUCCUGAGGAAGAUUCCGUUGUAUUGUAUGUAUUAACUUCGCACGGGUAAAACCAAAAUAAAAAGUAGCCUAGGUUACUUACUACCUUAGGUCAUAGUCAGGUGAAGGUUAUAUCUAUCUCUGUGUCAAAUUUUAUGAAAAUCGGCCCAGUAGUUUUUAAGUUUAUUCAUUACAAACAAAAAUACAAAUCUUUUCUCUUUAUAAUAUUAAUACGGAUCAUGGUUUUACGCGAGCCGAGAGUUAGUAGGAACCGCUAAUUGUAAAUAAAUUAAAACAUAGAAAAGUUGUAAACGACAUCUCUCUCUAUGCAAAAUAAACUUUACAUUAUAGAAACCCAUACAUUUUAUAGGCUCGCCCUAUAAGAUAAGGACUUUUUACCAAAGCCAUGUGUGUAUGUGACUAUAAUUAAUGUGUUUUUAAAGAGCUCCCAAACUGUGGGCUUUGUGCAAGUCAUACCGGAGUCCUUCCUAGUGUUGUGAAUAGUUCAGAUUCAAAGCUACUGAGUCUUCAAGAUAUGUGCCUGAAUUUGAGCUUUAGGUCGUGAACCUUAAAAAUAAUACUUGAUCUUUGUUUUGUUAGCACUUACAAAAGUACCUAUGCUGUUCAAGUUUAUAUUCUAGCAAUAUAUCACCCAUUGUAUCACCAAUGUACCGUCCAUUAAAUUUUGCUAAAGUAAUAACUAACUUUAAAUACAUAUUUUUUUUAUAUAUUAGGACAAAUCACACAGAUUGAGCUAGCCCCAAAGUAAGUUCGAGACUUGUGUUAUGGGACACUAACUCAACGAUACUAUAUUUUAUAACAAAUACAUAUAUAGAUAAACAUCCAAGACCCGAGCCAAUCAGAAAAAGAUCAUUUUCCAUCAUGACCCGACCGGGGAUCGAACCCGGGACCUCUCGGUUCAGUGGCAAGAACCUUACCACUGCGCCACCGAGGUCGUCAUCAACUUAUUGAGUAUGAUUAGUAGCAAUAUUCAACUUACUAAUGCUAGACUAUUCUAUUAUUUAUUAUGGAUUAGUAAGAUGAAUAUUAUACUCACAGGAGUUUCUCAGAGCGUUUCGGCCGUCGCGGGCGCGCUGUCAUUACAAUUUUUAAAAUUUUACCAAUGAUAAGAAUUAGUUUUACUAACUUCAAAAUAAUUAAUCUGUACUAACAAUUACUUCUAAUCUAAAUUUUAUGAUUACUCAAGAAAAUUGGCGGGUCGUAAUGACAGCGCGGCCGCAGCGGUCGAAACGCCCUGAGAAUCACCUCAUUGGGCUGGACUCGCGAUUUGAGCUUCGGACUCAGGGUUCAAAUUGAAAGAUUGAUGUAAGGCUGUUAGCUAAAGUUCGAGCCUUCGCCUUCGGCCGCCAAUAAGAGGAUCUAGCUACGAAUGAGUCUAAGGCUUGGGAUGGGUCGAGCCUUUUAACAACACUACCGGCCUAAUGAUGCACUGAGGUUCUCAAACUUUAAGUCAGGAAGGGAGGAAUGCUUCUAAUGUAUACGGGUUGAGAGCCUCAUAGCUAUGUUAAUGGAGUGGACGAGUUGCGGGCUUCACUUCCGUGGGAUUUUUUACUAAAUGGACCAGAUUUACUUUUCUGAUUUUAAAAAAAGAAUACUGUGCUUUUUGUAAACUUUCCAUCAUACACAAAAAUACUGGUAAAAGUUACUGACAAAUUAUUAUUAAUAUAAACUAAAUUUUGCAAUGUGAAUAUAAGACUACAUUAUUUUGAUCCGAUUAUGGAUUUCUCCCAAAUCAGAAUAAAAUAGUAUGAAAAGUGCAACAUUCUGUGUUUUGUCUUACAUUGCAAGAAAAUUCCCACGGAAGCGCGUCCCUGAGGUGUACCAAGUAUGUAAAAUAAAAAUACAUUAUUAAUUUGAUAUGAUAGACUGACAAAACUGAGGUUAGUGAAAAGUCUAGUUAAAUAUUAUUUACUGUAAUUAUUAUCUUAAAUAUGAAAUGAUGAUUAAUAUAGGUUUUAUUUCAAAAAGAUUCUCCCUCUUCUAUCUUAACGUUUUAUCGUUACUACCUCCGCCAUAGAGGGUCGGAACCCAGGAUCCACUUUCCAAUAUUUUCUCGCGUCUCUCAGUCCUCCUCGUUUGAAGAUUGACACGCAUAUCAUUCUUUACGACAUCAAACCAGCACUUCUUGGGUUUGACCCUGGCCGGGCGGGAGCGGUAUAGCCAGACUUUUGUCUCUAUCUAAUUUGCUGAUACGCGAGACGUGGCCGUACCGGCGCUGGCGGCACUUCUAGAGUUUGUCUUCAAUGCUACUGAUUUAAUGGCCAAUAUUGUCGAUUUUUAAGCGAUGUAAUAGGUUCAACCAACGAACAAUUUAUCUGGUUGAUAAUUACUCAGCUGUAAAUAGGAUAUGACGUAUGUAUGUAGCUCCAAGUAUAAUUAAAAUAUGUUAUCACGUUGUGUUAUUUAUAAGAACAUUCACUUUAAGUAGAGCCAUUAUUUUUAUUACAAUAAAUGAAUACAUAAUGUGAAAUGUU